AUGGUUUUUUCAAAUGAAACUGAUAGUUGUAUAAAUACAGGUGAUACAACAUGGGUAUUAAUAUCAUCUAUAUUAGUAUUAUCAAUGAUGCCAGCUUUAGCUUUUUUUGAAGCUGGAUUAUUAAAAAGUAUCAAUACGGUCUCAUUAGUAACACAAAUCAUUGGUGGUGCAUCAAUCUUAUCAGUAAUGUGGCAUUUAAUUGGUUAUACAUUGGUAUUUGGACAUUCUUAUGGAGGUGUUAUUGGAGAUUUUAGUAAUAUCCUUAUGUUAGAUGUUCCAUAUACAAGUUGUUCACGACAUUCUCCAAAUAUUCCAGCUGCUUUAUUUGGUUUUUUUCAAAUGAUGUUUGCAGCAAUAUCACCAUUAUUAAUAACAGGAGCAUUUGCUGAAAGACUUCAAUAUAAAGCAUAUGUUUUAUUUAUUAUUGGUUGGGAAUUAUUUAUUUAUUAUCCAGUUGCACAUUGGAUUUGGGGUGAUGGAUGGUUAAAUAAAAUGUUUGAAGUACAAGAUUUUGCAGGUGGAUUAGUUAUUCAUACAACAUCAGGUGUAUCAGCAUUAAUAUGUGGAAUUGUUUUAGGACAAAGAAAAGAUUUUGAUAAAUAUAAUGGCGAAUUUCCUCCAUCAAAUUUACCAUUAGCAGCACUUGGAGGUGCACUUCUUUGGACAUCAUGGUUUGGUUUUAAUGCUGGAAGUGCAUUACAAAGUGGAUCAUUAGCUGUAUCAACUGUUGUUGCAACACAACGAGCAGCUACUACAAGUGGAGUUGUUUGGUUAAUUAUAUCAUGGAUAAGACAUAAACCAUCAGCAACAGCUGUUCUUAAUGGUGUUAUUGCUGGUUUAGCUGGUAUAACACCUGCUUCUGGUUAUAUUGAUCCACAAUAUGGUGCUGUUAUUGGAGUUAUUCUUGGUUUUUCUUCGUAUUUUAGUAUUUUAUUAAUUAAACAUAAAUUACGUAUUGAUGAUGCACUUGAUGUUUCAAGUGUUCAUGGUAUAACUGGUGUUAUUGGUUCAAUUGCAAUUGGAUUUUUUGGUGAAAAAGCUUUUAAUAAUGAUGGUCGUGAUGGAUUAUUUUUUGGUUCACAUAGUCCAUAUCUUCUUGGGAUUCAAACAAUGGCUGUUUGUGUUACUGGUUUAUGGUCAGCAAUAAUUACGAUUAUUUUAUUAAAAAUUAUUGAUAAAAUAGUUGGAUUAAAAAUUGAAUAUGAUGAAGAAAUUGGUUUAGAUCAUGAAGAACAUGGAGAACAAGCUUAUGAAUGGAAAAAUUCGAGUAUUAAUGAACAAUUAACUGAACAACAAAUCAAUUCGAUGGUACGUGGUUCAAUUUCUCAUCAUAUUCAAAAUGAACAGAGAAGACUUUCAGUUAUUGCAACUAGUUCACUAAAUCCAUCAUUAAAUAGACGAUCACAAGCGAAUAAUAUAGCAAAAUUAGAAGAAACUUUGUAA